AUGGCGCGUAAGAAGCCGUUGGGGGCGUGGGGACGUCGGGAGUGGUGUUGUUUGCAUGUGAGCUGGGAUGACGCGACUCGCUUCCGAACGACGCGUCGGCGCGCCAGGGACUCCUUUGAUCGUGACCCCACAACCCUCUUAACGCCGCAUGCUUUCAAUUGCAGGAUUCUCCCAAAUUACGCAAUAAUGGCUCGCACACGCUCUAAACCUGUGCCGAAAGCGUCCUCCCCAGAACCAGCAGCAUCUACAAGAAAGCCAUUACCUGCCAGCACCGCGAACCCUCCAAAGCUAUUUGUCCUACCGAAAGACACGUCGAAGGAUGCGCGCAUAGUCACUCUAAACAAUCCCGCCACAGCAAAUCCAUCGCGGUACCUGUUUUGUCCUGAAAAGGGGUUCCAUGAGUUCACGCGCAUUGCCGCGCCGAAGAAGGCUCCGAGCAGUUGGCUGAUUACUUCCUCGCCUGCUGAGAGCGAGGGAGAGUAUGGCGAUGCAGAAAAGAGCCCGGAAGAAAAUACCUGUGACGAAGGGACAGGAAUUGGAUCAGGAUAUAUCACAAAGUCCUCUGACCUGUUCAUCGCCACUCCUAUCGACAUACUCUUCAUGAUUCUACCUGCUCUCGUGCCCAAGUCAGCAAAAGACACAAAACAACACUUCCUCUCUCUAGAUGACCACCUUGACAACCUCACUGCAUCGUCUGCCCCGCUCAAAGCUUUACUGCAACAUCCCUCACUUAAAGACAUGAUAGCCAAGCGACUGGAAAACUGCUGCGACACCGUCGAUGCAGGAGAUGAGAAAAUGUACCGUCUAUCUAAUGAGAAGCUCCUGGAGCUCUUAGUGAAGAAAGCAGAGAGGAUGUGCGCAAAGAGACUCCCGCCAUCCAUGGAAGAUAAAUUCAUAAAACCCGCUUUGGAAAUCCCUAUUAUGAGCAUCAAGCGCGAGGAAAGUUCCAUCAGCCUCGCCUCCGAAACCGUCUCUAAUGGAAUAGACGCCGACAACUCGCAAGGCUUAUCCACAUCAUCUACAAACCCGGACUCCCAAACCACAACCCUCGCAGCAACAACAUCAACAACUGCAACCUCCAUCUCCACCUCUGAAGAAAUUUCCCAACACACGCUUCUCACGCCUCCUGAAGUCCCCCACCUCCUCCGCCUCCGCACAUCCUUAACCUACCUUCUAUCCUCCUACAUCUCACCAACCCUGCGUCUUCUUCUCCUGGCCCUUCUCAAAGACCCCACGUCACCCACAUCCUCCCACCCCGACUUCACACCCCUCGAAGCCCACCUUAGCGUAAUCGCAAAGCUCAAAUCCGAAGCUGCAGCUCUCCGCUCUAUAUCCGACAACAUCUCGAGGAAACGGGGGUUUGAAGACGAUGAGAAAGUGGCGGAAAGGGAGGAAAAGAAAAGGAAGAAAGAGGAAGAGGAGAAAAGGAAGAAGAGUGAGAGCAGGGGAAUUAAGCAGCUGAAGAAAGUGGACACGAGCGGGAUGAAGAAGUUGAGCAGUUUUUUUACCAAGGCGCCGGUUAAGAAGAUUGGCAUUGGAUCGUUUUGGGUGUUUGGAAGUUCGAAACUGGGUGGCGGCAAUGUGAUAUGAUUAGAUUCCACAAUACUGGAUGAUGAACAUGACAUCAUUACUUACAAG